CUCUUUGUAUUAAUUCAAUGUUUUGCAUUUCUAUCAUGGGAAGGCCAUGGUAGUUAAGGGGCAAAAGUUUACCGUUGACCAAGUCCAUUUGUGUGACCAAGGCCUUCUAGAAAUUUCACACAAUAUGGAUGGUUGUUUUUGUACACAUUCAAAAGUUUUAGCCAGAGCUAAUGACCCCAACCUCCAGUCACGGCAAAAUGGUCUCCUUCGAGCCGGAUUUGAACCAGUCCUCCGCUCUACCAACUGAGCCAUUGAAGGGAUACAGUGAUAUACAGGCUGUCUAUGUGACCUUCUAUACACUGUGCAGCUGGUAGUUUGAAGCACUUUAAUCUGCAUUAUUUAUUUACUUUCUUCAGAUUUUGAUUUGACACACUUUAAGUGUGUCAAAUCAAAAUCAGGAUUUGACACAAAUUACAGGAGUAAUGUGUGUCUAUAUAUAUAUAUACACAAAUAUGUGUGUGUAUAUAUAUAUAUAUUCAUUGUGUGUGCAGUGGUGCUGUGUCACAGUGACAAAUAAUUCACUUUAUAUCAGUAUCAAUUUGCUUUGGUUUCACUUUGGUUAUUAAUAGUAUUUGGUUUAAGUAAGUAAAGAUAUAUGUUAUGUUUGCAAUGUAAGUAGAUGACCUUAACCUGGUCAUUUAGUAGUAGUAGUACUGUUGACACCCCAGCUUUCCACACUAGGUCACUGGGACCUAUGCUGCCCACAUGCAUGUUAUUGUCAGCCAAUCAGGUGGGACCUUUUCAACUUAGUUCUUUAAAACAUUUCCUAAACAUGUGAUACAAUGCACAACUAGUUACUGGAUAGAGUAAAUGUUUGUUGUAAACAUUUGUAGUAAAUGAGUGUUCAUCCCCCAUCUUACUUUCCAACAAUGUUGAUUAUGCAUCAUGUUUUGUAAGACUGUGACACUGUGACACACAAAGUGUAUCUCAUUUUUAUGGGUUUUGUAACUUUGCUGGUUUGUUUUUUGAGAGCCUGUUAGAACUACCAAAUGAAACAGUAGCUUAAAAUGACAUGCCUAAAAAAAUCACUAGAUUCACUUUUGUGCUGUUCAGUGACUCCAUCAUGUAUAGUGUAUUGUUGCCACCGUGGUUCUAGAAUUGGGUGGGGGUGUGAAGGGCAGUCUCACCACGUCACUCGUGUUUACCAACUGGACCCUUAUAGUGAGUGCAGCAGUUUGGCUGCAAGUCUGUAUUAAACUGUGGAUAUUUGUUCCAAUACGUUGUAUGCUCUGACAGAGCAUUUGAGACCAUCGCACUUUUGUUGAAGUAUUUACUGGUCCGCAGUGUGGAGGGAGUCAUGGAGUCAUCAUAUCAGUUCAGACAUAUAACGGGGGCUUCAUAUCUGGACUGGUGUCCCAAUAGGCUCCACCUGUCUCCACUCCUCUGCGCUCUAGCGACCUAGAAAGCAGCCGUCAUUCAUUAAAAUGGUAUGCCGUUCCAUCCAGGGCCGGGUGGCUCAACACCCCUCGGUCACUGGAUCGGUGGCACCUGCCCGGCCUCGAGUGCUAUUUUCACCCCACAGAAUAAAGUAAUGUGCAGCCGCCUUCAGUGCGCACGGCCCCCCAACAUCUCUCCACAGCCAGAAUGAAGUGCGCUGAGCACCAAGACUCGGACCUGGACGACCUGGACAGCAGUACCGACAGCUCCACCGGCGGCUGCAGCCCGCGCAUGGAGCGGCCAAAGGCUGCUGGCAACGAGCUCGUCGUGGGUCGCGGUUCUUGUGUCGUCGCUCCAAGACGACGAAGGGCGUUAAGGAGGAACAAGGGUGGCGGAGUAGGAGCAGGUAAAAGUGGUGGAACUGAGGCGCGUCCGUCGGGAGUGAGCAAGCAGAGGCAGGCUGCGAACGCCCGGGAGCGUGACAGGACGCACAGCGUCAACACUGCCUUCACCGCGCUGCGCACCCUCAUUCCCACCGAGCCCGCAGACAGGAAGCUUUCCAAGAUAGAGACGCUUCGCCUAGCCUCCAGCUACAUCUCCCAUCUGGCCAAUGUGCUACUGAUCGGGGAGAACUGUCGGGACGGUCAGCCCUGUCUCCGCUACGACAGCAUCGUUCACGCCAACGCCGCGAUUAGCGCGCCGUCCCUCAGACCUAUCUGCACCUUUUGCCUCAGCAGUCAGAGGAAACUGCUCAGAGAGGGUGGGGGGCACUCCACUGCUGUAUGAAGCCCACUUUCCAGAGAGAGUCCAUCCCUAUGAUGUUUAUCUGUUAAAAAAAAAAGUUUUGUGGAAAACCUGUAAAACUUUCUACAUUCACAUUCAUAUAAAUAUAUUUAUUUUUGGAGUGGAAUAGAAAAGCAGAGAUGGAACUUACACUGAAAAGCACUUUCUGUUUACUCUGUUUUGGUUGAGCUGUAACCUGAGACCGUGAGUAAAGCUGCGUCCCACAGAGGAGGUGAAGGUGUAUUUUGGUCGCAGGGAUAGUACAGCCCACCAGCAAAGCUAACUCCUAAAAAAGUUGUGUCGCCUUUGGUCACAUGAAGGAAACCGAGGAGCUCCUACUGCUGUCAGUUGAGUCAACGCCACCAUCAAGUAUACUGUUAGAACUACUUCAAGUUUGAAGGGGCACUUUAAAGGGCAAGACCUGUACCUGACCUGUGAAGGACUAUUGGACUGUAUAAAUUCACACUUCAGAGUAUUACUGUUGGGGUUCAAUCUAAUGGUUAUUUAUCAGUUCUUUUAAAUUCAGUUUGGUUCAACGAAGCAGGUGAAAAGCAGACACAUCCAUGUCCCAAUGCUUGGCCUGACUGUUAUUGAAGUUGUCCAGUAUGGAUUAGAUCACAUCUUCUCAGGAUGUCCAUUGUUUGAUGAAAAUUUUGGUUAGAGCUUAAAUUCACGGUGAAUGAACGAUGAGACCUGUUUAUCUGAAGUUUGGUGAUACGUUUACUUUUGCAAUGUUGCACAGUGCCUUUGUUUUGUGUGUAUGUUUUUUUUGCAUGCGUUUGGAUUUGUAAAAAAUUGAAUCAUUUUUUAAAAAAUUUACCACGUCCAUUGAUAUGAUCAAAAUGGCUCACGAUGAGUCACCAUGGAGACUAUGGCUAAAAAGGUAUCAGUGGGAAAUGUUACGCACUACCUCAAAGCUGUCAUAGUUAUGAAUGUCUACCUCUAAAUCUGAAGUGUAACGUCACUGUACAAAAAUGUACUUGAAUCCCAGACAGUUCUGUCCUUUGCACAUUGUGACUACUGAGAAGCUGCUUAAAAAUAAAUAUAUUUUUGUACAGUAAAAACAAACUGUUUUCAACCUGUUUUCAUUGUCAAUCAAAAACUUGUAAACUUCGCUUACUUGACUACUACUGACCCAUUUCUGCCACUUUGGUGGAAAAGAAAUGUAGAUUCUUAAGUCAAAAUUUUAAAUAAAAAUAAAUAGUUAUAAUAAAGAAAUAGCAGUCCCAUAAUGGAGAAAUUCUCAGUCUCAGACCUGGCAACCCACACAGACUGUCGCAUGCAGGUGCCAAGUGGGUGGUUUCUCAGGGGCUCGAACCCAGGACCUUUUGUGUGUAAGGCAGAUUUGUGGCAGAAAUUGACUUCUUUGGUUUCCAGCAGUAAGCCUAAAAGAUAUUUUACAAAAGUUUUUUUUUACUUUUUUUUCAAAGCCUGUGACUUAAGUAUUGUGUAAGUAUUGAAUACGUCAUUUAAAUGCAUUUCACUUUGACCAAUUUCAUUUGUUAAUUUUUAAAUUGUAAUUUUAAAUUUGAAGAUUAUGGUGCUGUUAAUAAAAACCUGUUUUAUUUCAUUUUUGUCUCUCAAAAUACACAUCAGAGAGAGGUGACACUUGUCGCAGUGCAAUUUAUCAAACAUUUCCACUCAGUAGAACGCAAUACUCUACACUUAAGGGGAAUCAAAGCAAAUGUGUAGCCCUGGUGAGAAAAACACGAUAAUAGAUCGGCAAAGAGAGUGUACAUUUAAUCAAUCUCUUAUUUUGCACAUCGGUAACAUUUCAAAUGUCCUAUCAUACUUGAAAGCACCACUCGGUGGACGUAAUCCCACUUUGGGGCGCGGGGUCUACGCCUCAACAGCCAAUCAAGAGCUACGCAGGUCACGUUCAGUUUGUGUCGACGCUCUGCUUCUUCGGUUGUUUCCAAUAUGAGCGGCGGGAAAGGAGUUAGCUACGUUCAAAAAGAACGUAAACAUAGGGAGAAACAAGAAAGAAAAAGAGAAGAAAAUGGCGAAUACACAGGAGUAUAAACCAGUUUAGUUACCUGCCGAGGGACCGUAGCUGAGUGACUGAAAGAAGGGAACGUGUGUAAGACGGAUUGUUUAUUGGAAAAAGACCGCCAACACGUCGUCCAUGCUAAUGCUAAUUCGGUGUUUGUGUAUUACGUAUCUUCCCUUUGGUGUGCCGCUACAAUUCCAACAUUGCGUGCUCAGCUUGAAGUGCAGAAAAAAGGUGAUGUUUCUGAGAGGAUGAAAACGUUUGACGACCAGGACUAAAUCCACACCAUAUUUGAUGGCGAGCCUUUAACCUUGAAGGAAAAGACAGACAUGGACAUACAGGCUGACCAGUUUGUUAAUUGUCUGGGGCGACUCACCCAGCAUACCACCGGCCACCAGGAUGUCAAAGAGGGUCUCUGCAUACCGGCGGUAGUCAAGCUUGCCACCAGAGGCAUCAAGGAACUUCGCAACCGC